AUGAGCACGGCCAAGUUGUUUCUACUUGCCAUGGCAAUAGCCGCCGUUUUCUUUGUUGACGUAAAUGCUCGAGUUGCUGCCCAUUAUAACAAUCAUGAGGUCAGUUGUCAUUCUCGAAAGUAAGACUGGGUAGAAAUAUUUACUAUGAAACUCUCCCAGGCCUAUGUUUCGUAAUUCGUCAUUAUUAUAUGGCUACAAUAGUACGCGCCCUCUGAUUGGCUGGCUGCUGAGAGGGCAAGAUUUUCUUGUAAUCGACCAGGCAUUAUGGAAAUUUUUCGACGGCUCGAGGGUUCUUUUGAGUUGUGAGUAAAACCCACGAGCGCGAAGACGAAACCAACAAAAAAUACUGACAAAAUAUACAUGUAACUAUCUAUUCAAUAACCGAAAGAAAAAUUGUUGUGAAAUCGUAUAUUGCGUUACGCUCGUUUGUAUUUUUGUUUAAUUCGUUAAUUUUUUACCAGUUUGACAUAUAUCAUUAUUAUCACAGUUGUCUAGCCUGGGAGUUUUUACCAGAUCUUAUCGGAGAGUAUAAGGAGUUUUUCACGGAGUUAUUUCAUUCAGUUUUUUCCUAUUUUGUUGUUCCUUUCUUUAAUACGCUUGGAGGAACUAUAACGUAAGUUCUGUUUCAUUUUUGUCUUUCAUUUUCGGUUUUUUUUACUCUCGAUUUCCUUUUAAUUUUAGUUGUAUUUUCUUGCGUAACGCGUGUCUAUGUAUGUUUUCAGUUGUCACCAUAUGCUUCAUUGAUACUGCAAUAAACGAACUUUAAUCGAGUACGGAGCGUGUGGUUGAUCACAGCGAACUCCACCCGUGGGAACGCGACAAAAAUACUAUGUCUUACCGAUACCUCUUUAGUUUAAGCGAGGAAAACCUCUUGCGCGUCCAGGCGGGUGUUGAAAAUUACUUCCGGUGUUCUGGUAUUCUUUUUAAGAAUAGCGCUAAAAAAGGCCAUAUAAUAAGUAACUUAUUAACUUCGUUAAUUCGGUCAUUACAGGGAAAUUUCAGACAUCGGCCUUGAUGUGUUGCCCUCGCUAUCGCUUUGUCAAUACAUCAAGGUCUCGGUCUGAGAUUAGGGACGGACCAUUAGAAAAGUUAUGGGGGGGAGGGGAAUUUUCGAGCUGCAAGAAUUUUUUUUCGUUAUCAAAUUCUUUGCAUGAAUUUUAUUUAAGCCAUUGCAUGAAUAUUUUUUAGGGUUAAUUGGCGUGCAUGAAUUUUUUUUCAUUUAAUUUUCCCUUGCGCGAAUAUUUUUUUUGUACUUCGCCCGCCCCCCAUAAGUUUUCUAAUGGUCCGUCCCUUAUUUCCCUUUAAUGAUCCAACGGACGGAGUUAAUUAAGUGGCAUUGAGAGGAGCUUUAAAGCUUAUCUAGACAAAUAAACACUGCUUUUCAUCGCGGCUUCUGAAAUAUCAAUUAUCCCACGGGUUUCCUACAAAUUGCUAGAAAACGAUUACCUGGUUCUUACACCAGCAAAGCAUUUCCUUACCAUUUUCUUCAGAGUUUUACACAACAGUAGACUGUUUAGUAGGGGAUAGGCGGUAUCAUGACUAACCUGAGAUCAGGCCCAAUUUUAGCGGUUCUUAUACAUUCUCUCUAAAAGCGAAACGAAAAUAGAGCCUGAUCUCAGGUUAUACAUGACCCACCUACACAUGCAGGAUCCAUUAUACAUCUCCUCCUUACAUUUAUUAUUCCCUCCCUGUUUGAUAAACAGAUAGCAUCUAUUUGGAAAAUACUCUUUCCCAACCAGCUGUUUUUAUUUCUUUUUUAGGCCUACAAUGAAUUGGUGAAAAGCGGAGGUAGGAAAAUAAUAAUUGUUCUAUCCGGUAACCAACGUAUUUUGCCAAGAAACACUGUGCGCUACAACAUGCUAGCAUUUUGAGGCCUAUUGCAAAUCACCGAGAUUUCCCAGCGUGAGAAACCACUACAAACACCAUCAUCACACCUCCAUCAUGAACUUCAUCAUCAUUUUGGCCACACUCGUACUCCUCUAACUAUUUUAUUUUCAUGUGAAUAUAAAGCUUAUUUAUGUUUUGUUAUUUCCUCUUUAGACCGGUUACACGAAUUAUUUAGCCGAACGAGUUGCCACUGCCGUGAUGAAGGUUUUCGUGAUUCUGGCUACGGAAGUGGGACAACCUUCUGGUUUGUCGGAUGUAAAGGCAACUGGCAAGACUGCAGAGAACCAGGACUUAUGACCAGUUGUUGCCGAGAAAAAGGGAAAAAAUGA